CCGAUUGCCCAUCGGCGGGAAGUUCAGUCGUCUGCGUACCGGUGACAAAGAAGCUAUCUCCGUGUUUUAAGAAUCUCUCAUCUUAUUUAUAAACAUGCCUGGUGAAAAGGAGACCGUUGCCGAGACAGUAGAAACCCCAGAGGUUGUAGAAAAGAAAGACGCGGAGGCAACAAAAGAACCAGAGACCACCACAAAAGAGUCUGAGGAAACAAAGGAGGCAGAGAAUGGAGAUAAGGCAGAUGGCAAAGAGGAAUCUGCAGACUCGACAGAGAACACCAACGAGAAUGCAAAUACAGAAGAUUCGGAAACAAAAGAAGAAGUAGAGGAGAACACGGCAGAGAAAAGAUCUACUGAAGAAGAGUCGGAAGACGCUAGUCCGACCAAGAAAGUAAAAGUUGAUGAAACAACAAAAAUUGAAUCAAAUGACAAUCAGGCAAAGCAAGUGGAAGCUGCCUCGGCAUAAAAUUGUGCACAUCAUUAACUUUCAUUCAUUGUAUAGACCACUACAUCAUGUCAUGUGACAAUUCUAUUGUAGCAUAGUGAACUCAAUCAUACAAAACGCUAUGUUUAUUUAAAUUAAGAAUCAGGAGGAGAAAUUGUUUCAGGUGAUUAUUGUUGGUGUUUAUAUUGUAAUAAAUUUCGUCUCUUAUUUUCAUUA